AUGCCAGCCCUCUACGCCUCUCUGGAGGCCGUCAAGUCGCUGAACAAAAACGACAUCACUGAAGUGCGUGCCAUGAUGCGGCCGCCGGAGGGCGUACGUCUAGUCAUGGAGGCUGUCUGCAUUAUGAAGGAUGUGAAACCCAAGAAGGUAGCCGGCGAUAAACCGGGAGUUAAAGUAGAUGACUACUGGGAACCGGGCAAGGCUCUGCUCCAAGAUCCGGGCAAAUUCCUCGACUCUCUACUCACCUACGAUCGGGACAACAUCCCCGACUCAAUCAUUGCUCGAAUUCAGCCCUACAUUGACUCGGACGCAUUUACCCCGGCUGCUAUUCAGAAAGUCAGUAAGGCUUGCACCAGCAUCUGUCUGUGGGUGAGAGCCAUGCACAAAUACCAUAAUGUGGCCAAGUCAGUGGCUCCCAAGCGAGCUGCACUGCAGGCGGCGGAAACUGAAUUGCAGGCAACUGAGGCCAUUCUGGCGGAAGCCCGAGCACGUCUGAAGGCCUGCCAGGACCGCAUUGCCAGUCUACAGACCAAGUACGACGAGUGCAUUCGCAAGCAGAAGGAGCUGGAAGACAAGAGCGCCCUCUGUGAGGCUCGCCUGAUCCGCGCUGACAAACUGAUUGGUGGGCUGGCCAGUGAAAAGUCCCGAUGGAUAGUCUCUGUGGACACCCUGGACGAGCUGGCUAACAAUCUGGUGGGUAAUGUGCUCAUCUCCUCUGGUGCUGUGGCCUAUCUGGGCCCCUUCAAUGGGGAAUAUCGGGCUGAGAUGUGUGCUGACUGGAUCGAAAAGCUGAAGACUCUGGGCGUGCCCCACACCACCAGUCCAGCUCCCAACCUCAUUGACACCUUUGGAGAUCCAGUGAAAAUACGAAAUUGGCACAUAUUUGGUCUGCCGAAGGACGGCCUCUCAGUGGAGAAUGCGGUGAUUGUCCAGUUCUCGCGCCGUUGGCCGCUCUUUGUGGAUCCACAGGGACAGGCUAACAGGUGGAUCAAAGCGCUCGAAUAUGACGAUGGUGUAGAGGUCCUUAAAUUUUCCGACAAAGAUUUUUUGCGAACGCUGGAGAAUGCUAUCAGAUUUGGAAAGCCCUGUCUGUUUGAAAAUAUUGGUGAAGAGUUGGAUCCUGUGCUUGAUCCCAUUAUCACGAAACAGACCUUCAAACAGCAGGGGACACUGGUGAUAAAAUUGGGCGACUCUAUUAUACCCUACCAUGAUGACUUCCGUCUCUAUAUGACCACGAAACUUCCCAAUCCUCAUUAUAAACCAGAGGUUACGGCAAGGCUCACAAUUGUUAACUUCACUCUGUCACCAAGUGGUCUGGAAGACCAGCUUCUGGGUAUUGUUGUGGCCGAAGAACGUCCAGAUCUUGAAGAGGCUAAGGGUCAGUUGAUUGUGAGUAAUGCUCAAAUGAAACAGGAGCUAAAGGAGAUUGAGGACCGUAUUUUGGAGCGGCUGAGUGCAACUGAGGGAUCGCCAGUAGACGAUCUGGAUCUGAUUGCAACACUUGAGGCCUCAAAAAUGAAAUCUACCGAAAUCCAGUCGAAGGUCGUCGUUGCUGAGCAGACUGAAAAGGACAUCGACGAGACUAGAAGCAUGUACAUUCCGGUGUCCGUAAGGGCUCGUAUAUUGUUUUUCUGUGUAUCCGCACUGGCGAACAUUGAUCCCAUGUAUCAGUAUUCACUGGAGUGGUUUAUCAACGGUUUCCUCCACGGAAUCGCGAAUGCAGAAAAAGCUCCUACUGUGACCGAGAGGAUCGAAAAUAUCAACGACUAUUUUACCUUCGCCCUGUACACCAAUGUUUGUCGCAGUCUUUUUGAGCGACACAAGCUGCUAUUUGCCUUCCUUCUAGCGAUUAAAAUUCUGGAGAAUGAUGGCUUUAUCGAUGCGAAGGAGCUGCCCAACCCCGCUCCAGAGUGGAUUUCCGACCGAAUAUGGAGCGAACUUCUGACACUGGACGCACUUCCCCGCUUUGAUGGCAUUCCAGAAUUUAUCGCCGAUAAUCUGGAUGACUUCAAGGCUAUCUUCGAUUCUAAUGAACCUCACAGAAUCCCGCUUAAGGAACCCUGGGGUGAGAAGCUGGAUAGUUUCCAGCGUCUUCUCCUGCUCAGGUGUUUGAGAUCGGACAAGGUGACCAAUGCAAUGCAGGACUUUGUCGCUCAUCAUCUUGGACAAAGAUUCAUUGAACCCCAAACUACCAACCUGGCUGACGUCUUCAAAGACAGCUCUCCAACAACUCCAUUGAUCUUUGUUCUAUCUCAGGGCACAGAUCCAGCCUCCGACCUCUACAAAUUCGCUGAUGUGAUGAAGUUUGGCGGCAAGAAGCUGUCAGCUAUCUCCCUGGGUCAAGGCCAGGGGCCCCGUGCUGAAGAGCUUAUGCGGAGCGCAAUGGAACGUGGUAUUUGGGUCUUCUUCCAGAAUUGCCACCUGGCGCCCUCUUGGAUGCCUGCCCUGGAGCAUCUAGUUGAACAGAUUGAUCCUGAUAGAGUUCACAAGGACUUCCGCUUGUGGCUAACCAGCAUGCCAAGCCCACAGUUCCCCGUUUUUAUCCUUCAAAAUGGUUCGAAGAUGACCAUGGAGCCGCCAAAAGGCGUCAAGGCCAAUCUGCUACGUACCUACCUCUCAUAUGACGACAACUUCCUCGGGAGUGUACCCGAUAAGGUAAUGUUUGAUGCUGGGGGCUAA